AUGCCCAAAGCCACGGAGAUUCUGUACUAUUUGGUGCAUUUUCAGGAGUUGCGCUCAAUUGUUCAAUGGAAAGUGUGGCACAACCCUGUCCAUGAGCGAAACGAGUCGACGGAGACGGAGGCUGCUAAGAUCUGUUUCGAGUAUCUAGACAAGACCAGUCGGAGUUUCAGUGCUGUCAUUAAAGAACUACACCCCGAACUCCUGUUACCGAUCUGCCUCUUCUAUUUAGUGCUUCGCGGCCUGGACACCAUUGAAGAUGACACCUCGAUUCCUGCGACGACCAAAGAGCCCCUGCUGCGGAAUUUCCAUGCGAACCUCGAAGUCGAUGGCUGGCAUUUCGAUGGUAACAGGCCUGAAGAAAAGGACCGUGAUCUGUUGGUGAAUUUCAGAUACAUUAUCGAAGAAUUCAAAAAAACAAAGCCUGCGUACAGAGAAGUCAUAAAAGAUAUCACGCAGAAGAUGGGAAAUGGAAUGGCGGACUAUUGCUUGAAUGCUGAAUUUAAUGAAGUCGGAGUCAACACCGUGGCAGAAUACGACCUUUAUUGCUAUUAUGUGGCGGGUCUUGUUGGGGAAGGAUUGACCCGAAUCUUUGUGGAAAGCAAAUUCGCCAAUCCGGGCCUUCUGGAGAGACCUCAGCUGCACAAAUCGAUGGGGCUCUUCCUGCAAAAGGUCAAUAUCAUCCGAGACAUCCGCGAAGACUUUGACGACAAGCGCAAAUUCUGGCCUAGAGAGAUCUGGUCGAAAUACGUCGACCGGUUCGAAGACUUGUUCAAGCCGGAAAACAAAGAGAAGGCGCUGAGCUGCCAGACGCAUAUGAUCCUCAAUGCGCUUGAACAUGCCGACGACUGCCUCUUCUACCUGGCUGGGCUGAAGGAGCAGAGUGUGUUCAAUUUCUGUGCCAUCCCACAAUCCAUGGCUAUUGCCACACUGGAUCUUUGCUUCAGGAAUUACGCCAUGUUCCAACGCAACAUCAAGAUCACCAAGGGCGAAGCAUGCCAACUCAUGAUCGAAUCGACACAGAAUCUGCAGGUGGUAACGCAGGUGUUUCGGAAACAUUUACAUUCCAUCCGCAAGAAGAACCGACCACAAGAUCCCAAUUUCUUGAAGAUCAGCAUCGUGUGUGGAAAGGUGGAAAAGUUUAUUGAAACCAUAUUCCCAUCCCAGAAGGUGGACGAGAUCCUGGCCAAGGCUCGGGCUGACGAGAGUCGUGCAGCUCUUGCAGCUAUUGCAGCAAAGGGGGAGACGGCGAGAGAAGCGGACAACAACAGAAAAGACACCCUGUUCUUAUUUGCUGCAGUAUUGUUGAUGAUGUUGGUCAUGUCAGGGUCUAUGCUAUUCCUUGCUUGGCUCCUGGGGGCUCGAUUCGAUGUGGGCCUUGAAGAGCUGAAAAAGACCUGGAGUCUGUUGACCAACGGAACUUUUCUUCAAGCAUCGGGUCCGACGCAACCUGCACCGCAUUCCAGUGGCCAUGGUGAGCUAUAA